CAAAAUAUUGCAAAGUUAUUAGUUUAGGUGUAUAAAUAUUUCGUAAUAACUCGGUUCCAUGUAAUAUUAUUGAGUUUAACUUUCUUCUCUUGCGUUGGUCGGCUUUUCACGACCAAACGCAUCCUUGGACUUGGACGUACAUUUGUGCCAGUGAUAAAAUAACUAAGGGGAAACGAUCUAGUAUUGCGAGUUUUGUGUACAAUAAUAAAGCCUCCGGUUACCAAGCAAAGCUUACAAAACUACGUAGUUAUGAGUCGCAGAAACGAUGGUGCUAAUAAUGAAACAAGAGAAUUGGAUAGCUCAGAUGAAGAAACCCCAAUAAAUCCUGAGGUCCGUAUCCUGUCCCGGAUCUUUGGUGUCCACCGAGCAAGUGUGGCAUCUAUGCCAGGGACUAGUGGUGCAAGUCACCUUGUGAGCCCGUUGCCGAAUACGCGCCGCACGCCACGAGAGCGCGACCGUCUCUUCUGGACACUUCUUGGCAACUCUAGCAGGCUGCCUCCCAAUGCCAGGUGUCGAAGCGGGCCUCCGCCGCGCGGGCCCCGACCUACGACCUACGCCGACUUGUUGGAGCCCGACCGCCGUUCACGCAUCGCGCUCACACGCCACGCUUCUCCCGCAGGCAGCGGCUACCAACCCAACGCGAGCCAGCUGUCAAGUCUGCACUGUUCCUUGCGCAACAUACUGCGCAAGCGGCCCUACACGACCACCGGCAAUGUAACAGGUCCCAGCUCAAGACCGGUGUUGGUACUACACGCAGCCCCGGAGUCAAGCCGCGGGGAAGAUGAGUCCGAUGGCAGAGGCCGCAUCGACCGUGACCGGAGCGACCGCGACCGGGACCGCAUCGACCGAGACCGGGACCGGAGCGACCGGGACCGGGACCGCGGUGACCGUGACCGCAGCACUCGGGAACAUGAACGUCAUCACGAUCCAGAGCCUAUUGACCUAGAUGAUAUUGAAGAGCCGGUACCGGGGCCGGCGCCGGCCUUCUCACCGCGCGCCGACGCCGACGCCGAAUAUUUUGCCGACGAGACGAUGCGAGCAGAGGAGCCCCUGAACAUGUCCACGGGUGCUCUGCUGGAAGAGGAGAUCCUGGAGGUGGAGCCCGGCCCUGAGCCCGCCCCGCGCCCCGCCGGAGACAAUGAAACUGAGCCUGCAGACACCCCAGCAGAGUCAAGCCAGCAGAGAGGGACCAAGAGAAAAAGAGAAGGAGAAACGCAGGAUUCGGCAUUGGCCCUCAAUCAUAGCAUCCUUCGUCUGCUGGAGUGCCCAGUGUGCAUGGAGUGGAUGGAGGCGCCCAUCACGCAGUGCCGCCGCGGGCACCUGGUGUGCGGCGCGUGCCGCAAGCGGCUCGACGCCUGCCCCGUGUGCCGCACGCCCUUCUCCUCCGUGCGCAACCGCGCCAUGGAGGACGUGGCCGGCGUGCUCCGGUACCCGUGCCGGCACGGCUGCGGGCGCUUCCUCCGCGCGCCGCGGCGGCGCCGGCACGAGGCGAGCUGCGCGGCGCGGCGCCACGCCUGCCCGCUGCCCGCCUGCCGCGCCGCGCCGCCGCUGCCGCGCGACAAGCUGCAACACCACGCGCAGACGAAGCACCCGGAAUCGUUCAAGACGGGCACGCAGCACGUGGUCGCGCUGGGCGUGCGGUGCGAGCAGCACGUGCAGCUCGUGGUGGCGGCGCUCGGCGCGCUGUUCCACGUGCGCGUCGACAUGGACGUGCGCACGUGGGGCGUGAGCGCGCUGGUGCAGCAUCUGGGGCCGCAGGACCAGGCCGACAGCUACACGUACGAGGUGACAGUGAACGGGCGGCACAGCGGGCGGCGCCUAGUUUACCGGCGCGUCACGCACAGCGACCUCGAGAACCCUGUGCUCAACACCAGCAGGCAGGACUGCUUCCACCUGACCCUCGACCAGGCGCUCAACUACCUGCGCUUCAAGAACGAGCACUCGGAGACGGACAAGACCCUGGACCUCGUCAUCACGCUGGCCGAGGCCGAGCCUGAACAGGAGCCGGCCGACGAAGACACGUGAACACACACACAUGGACUAUUAGCACAGUCUAUAAAAUAAUAGAUCAGAUCAGGGCAAUCGAGGGGUGCGUCGCUCAAUUAUACACUAAAAUCUUUACAUCUCUUAUUUGUACAACAAAUAAAAAACCGGGUAAGUGCGAGUCGGACUCGCGCACGAAGGGUUCCGUACCAUAAUGCAAAAAAAGGCAAAAAAAAACGGUCACCCAUCCAAGUACUGACCCCGCCCGACGUUGCUUAACUUCGGUCAAACAUCACGUUUGUUGUAUGGGAGCCCCACCAUAAUCUUUAUUUUAUUCUGUUUUUAGUAUUUGUUGUUAUAGCGGCAACCGAAAUACAUCAUCUGUGAAAAUUUCAACUGUCUAGCUAUCACGGUUCGCGAGACAGACAGACACCUGCCUGCCCCCUGCCCUGCGGCCUGGUGACAGACAGACGGACGGACGGACGGACGGACGGACGGACGGACAGCGAAGUCUUAGUAAUAGGGUCCCGUUUUACCCUUUGGGUACGGAACCCUAAAAAGUAGCAGAAACUGUCGAGCGAAAGGAUAUAUAUAAUCAAAUAACCACUAAUAAUAAGGGUACAGCCUAUCGCGAGAUACAGCCUGGUGACAGACGGACGGACGGACGGACAGCAGAGUCUUAGUAAUAGGGUCCCGUUUUACCCUUUGGGUACGGAACCCUGAAAACAAGCCCCCUAGAGUCAGACCAUAGACUAGGAAUCCUCUAGACCGAGUUUAGAGCAAUUAUUUCAUGCAACCCAUGAUGCCAAAAAUGCGGGGGUGCGCGGGGCGAGGUGAGCGAAGACCCGUGCCGUGAUUGGUCCGUUCAAAGACGCGGACGUCACACAAAGACACUUUCGACUCGAACAUGGAGUAAAAUUACCGUAUGCGUGGCAGAGGGGGUAGCGCGACUAUGCUAAGUCUGGAGGAUGUUUUGUCUGUGAGUUAGACCAACAAUAGUCUGCAGCGGAUUUAAUAGCUCACGCAGUGAAAGUGUUAUUUUAAACGUCAAACUUCUAUGAAAUUAUGACGUAUAAAUGCCACUUGCGACUGCGUGGGCUGUCAAAUCCGCUGCAGAUUUUUUUUGGUUCUACUCUACCCCCUUAUUCAUAAACGCGCUACAAACAAACCUCAGUUAGUUAAUAAUCGUUUGUCUUUAUCUGACAUUUUGACUUAUGUAUUUGCAAGAAAGGGAUAAAACAUAAUUUAACUAAGUCAGGCCCGUAAAGUUUUAUGAAUGAGGGGGUUAGUCAUUUGUGAAUAAUUUUCGGUUCCUCGCUAGGCCCACUAUACAAAAUUUACCUAUUUUUAAAUUGAACCUUAUUGUAUUGUAAACUGAGAUGAAUUUCGUUAACUUGAGAACACAAUGCAACAAAAGAAAUUAUACUAUAAUUGGUUUACAAAAGGUUGCAAUUAGAUUGAAACUGAGUGUACAUUGUAAUGGACAGUGGGCUUUACGAGGUCGUAUAUAUACAGGGUAACUUGUAAACAGAGUAGAAAUUAAUUAGUUUACCAUGAGUAGAGAUGUAAUCUCGUAUUUUUGUGAAUAAGCUAUGUUUAAGCUUAAAAAGACGGACGAGUCGAUAAUAUAAUUUUAUUUUUUGCGUAAAUUAUCGAGUUUACUUUCAAAGGUAAAAUGUAAGGAUGGUAUUCCGUCUGUCCAAUAUCUUGGUCCAAUGUGUAUUUGCGUCUCACAUUUUUCUUAAUGAGAGUGUGAGACGCAAUGCAUAUUGGAAUAAGAAAUUGGACAAUACCACCCUAACUUAAACCUCCUAAAAUUUUAAAUAUGCCUAUUUUUAAUACUAUUGUAUAUCUUUAUAUAUUAUGUCGUCAUCAUUAUAUGUGUCUUUCUUUCAGAGAAGGGUCCUUCUGCUUCAUGUGCAAUGCAAUAAGGAUCAUCCUAUCAUAAUUUCUGUUGGAAUUUUAGAUAACAAGGUCCUAAAUGCGCUUGAUGUAAAAGGACCCUUCUGUGAUGGAAAGCCACAUAUCUUUAACAGACUUAUGGUACGUAUACGUACUUUUGCUCAGAAUCAUGUGAUAAAGUGACAACAGAACUCGAAUCGGGAGUUUGUGAUGUAAGGUUCAGCACAGGAGCCCCUUGUUUAUCAAUUUGCGCCAAGUUAAAGACUUUGAUUCAGGCCACAAGGUGGCAGCACUUUAAGUUUUGAACUGUACGAGUGGAUAGAGACGGACCAAGAAAAGUGUGCAGCGGAUUUGAUAGCCACGCAGUGCAAGUGUUAUUUAUACGUCAUAAUUUCAUAGAAGUUUGACGUUUAAAAUAACACUUGCACUGCGUGGGCUAUCAAAUCCGCCGCAGACUUUUGUUGGUCUGACUCUAUUUCCAUUUGUUCAUUCGUCAUACUUGAAUAAUUUAUAUGAAAAGACCUAUUACCAUCUGUGCCCGACGGAGACAAAUGGGAAUAUAAUACACCUACUAGUGGAUGAACAGACCGCGAUAAUUGAUUCCCGUGGUUUAGUUUUUUUACCUUUAACAAAGAGUUAUUGACUGUAGUAGAGACGUAAAUGAGUAUUUGCCUUUGUUUCCGUAAUAUACUUGGUCAAGCAAAUCUAGUCAGUAGCAAAAGGCGGCAAAUUUAAUAAUCGUAGUGUUGCUAACACUGUUUUCGAAUAAUUACAAAGCGUGUCAUCUGUGUUUUACUCGUAUCUGUGGAUAUGAUGGAGAUCGUGAAUGACAGCCAUCUUGUUUGUUCACAUUCUGAAUCGUUGCUAUUUCAAGAGAACUUUCUGCUGUCACCAAUAAAUACCAAUAUAUUAAAUCAGCACAGGUAUGGCCGCUAGGUGGCGACAGCGCCACGCGUGGCUUAUGGCAAACCCCAAAAUUGGGGUCGAACGGAUGUACGUUUAGCUACCUGUAGCAAAGCGACGAAAUCGCGGAGUUAGACACGCCUGACGGCGGGAAGAAGUUGAUAACUCGAGAUAUUCUGCUGAGGGAAUUUGAACUUAAAAUAAAAUGACAUAAGGUUCAAAUUUCUUCCAUUUUUUCCCGCCAUAUACCAACUUCUUCCCGCCGUGUACGGAAAUAAGAUUGUGCAUGAACUCGAGCAAAGUCAAGGUGCCUACAAUGUACAAUGAUGCUCGUUGAUCGUAAAUAUUUGUUAAAUAUUGAGGUUAUGUUAAUGGGGUUGGCAACUGUCAAAGGUUUGCAUAGAUGGCGCCAUCAUAGCUUGCCCCUUUUUCUAUGAGAUUUGGCUUAAAGGGCUGGCAUCCAGGGUAAUAAAAAAACAAAAAUUUGACAUGAUUCUAGGGAUUGACGGGGCAAGCUAUGAUGGCGCCAUCUGCUAAAAACUUCCACCGGCCAACCCCAUUACAUGUUUUGGUUCGAUAUACAUUGCUGCUUUUCUUAGCGCAAUACUGCUCUUUGAGUGUUCCCCUACUUUGCUGUACAUUACUACUGGCAUACUUUGCUUGACAGACUAUAUAUCUAUUUUAUUAAUUAAGGAUAGGUGUAAGAUUA